AUGGGGGGAGAUGGCGGCCAGGUUAUCGAUCGGGCCACCAUGGUCAAGACCAAGGGAUGGGGCCUGACGAAGUCCAGCGGGGACAGAUUUGCGGCCUCGCUCGGCGAGAUGAACAGCUACAUGCAGAUGGUCUUUGAGGACCGUGGGCUGGGCAACCUCGAGAGGCACCGAGUUCGCAUGACCACCUGCAUGAUUUCUCAGCAGGCUCUCCGCGACCCGGUGGUGGCGUGCAAACUUGGAAAUCUCUACAACAAAGAGGCCGUAAUUGCAGCUCUGCUGAAUCGGAAGAUGCCGGACGACCUCUCCCACAUCCGUGGAUUAAAGGAUGUGAAGCAGUGCGUUAUCACGUGGGCCGAAGCGGAGAAGGAAGAGGGAGAGAAGCGAAUGGUUUGUCCGGUCUCCAGAGAAGACUUGGACUCUGGGAGCAGCCGUGCCGUGCUCAUUUGGCCCAGUGGAGCCGUGAUUGGAGCGAAGAGCCUGAAGGAGAUGAAGAUGAAGGAGUGCCCUUUGACCUCCAAGCCCUUCGACGCUGACAAGGACAUCAUUCCGCUGGCGCCAGACGGUGAGGAGCUUCUGAAGCUCCGGGCACGCUUACCCACAAAGAAGCGAAAAGCUCAGGCUGUGGCAGCUCCGGCCGAGGAAGAGGAGGAAGAAGCUUCGAAGCCAGAGGCCAAAAGUCAGAAGGAUGCCACAAAAGAUAGCGAAGUAUACAAGAAGCUCUUCACAAAGGACCGCGAGGGCCUGGGAGGUGUGCGCGAUGCCUUCGGAACGCCCAUAUACAAUCGUGGCGCCAGAUGCAUAUAG